AUGACAGAAAACGAGAUCGAAAAGAAAAACCCGGGUCUGAAAAAAGACGAAAAGGACGAAAAGGCAAAAUCAGCUCUCAGGAGAAGGCUGACAAGCGGGACUGGAGAAGAACGACCAUUUUGGAAGUUUAACGUUGUAGAUGACGGUCUACCCUCGGUUAUGUUCCUGGGUGAUAAAACGGCGAGCAACUCUGAGCAUAUUUCUGAACUGUUCUCGAUGAAAUUCUCCAGUGUAUUUACUGAUGAAAGUUUGACGAUUGCAGAGAUAUCCACAGCGACCGAGCAUGUUCCUUUCCUGGGUCAUUCAUUGAACAACCACACCAUCGAUGAAGUAAUGGUUACAUCGGCCGCCGCGAAGUUGAAACUUUCUCGAUCCGUUGGACCGGACGGUAUAGCACCUGUGUUCCUGAAAAAAUGCAUCCACGCUAUCGCUGCUCCAAUGAGCCAUCUUUUCAGCUUAGCCGUUAACUCAGAUAUCUUUCCCUCAACAUGGAAAUCGGCUUACAUGUUCCCUAUGCAUAAAAAGGGAAAUGGGCAAAACGUAGAUAACUAUCGCUGA